AUGCUGCUGCUGGCAUUCCUGGUGCUGCUGAGCCCCGCCGGCUGCCCCGAGACGAAGCCCCUGAGCGGGUCCAGCCAGGAUCCCCUCUUCCGCGGGGCGGAUCGCUACGACUUUGCCAUCGUCAUCCCCGCCGGCACCGUGGAGUGCUUCUGGCAGUUCGCGUACCAAAGCGGCAACUUCUUCUUCAGCUACGAGGUCCAGCGGGCGACAGGGAUUGCCACCAACAGGGACAUCCUGGCCACGGCGAGCGACCCCAACGGCUUCCAGCUUGGCAUUUCCCAGCAUGUGCGAGGACAGAUCAACUUCCUCACGAAGGAGACAGGUUUCUACCAGCUGUGCCUGGACAACCAGCACAACCACUUUGGCUUCAUGCAGGUCUAUCUCAACUUUGGUGUCUACUAUGAAGGCUUCAACACAGAAAACAAGCAGCCGCAAGAGAGGAAAGAACUGAACAACACCCUGGAGGCAAUCGGGGUCAGCAUCCGGAAGCUACAGAUCCACAUCUUCCACAUGUGGCGGUUCUACAACUUCGCCCGGAUGCGGAAAGGGGCCGACUCCUUCCUCCUGGAGUCCAACUACAACUAUGUCAACUGGUGGUCAAUGGCUCAGAGCUGCGUCAUUGUCCUCUCUGGGGUGCUGCAGCUCUACUUCUUGAAGCGCCUUUUCAACGUGCAAACCAAUAGCAGGCAGAAGUGCUAG